CGUCUGGGUGCAUUCGGCCAUUUCCGUCUCUGGCCAGCCGGUGGUGUCACUCAACAACCGUGGAGACUUCAAAAUCACUCUAAACAUACCCCACACUACUGAAUAGGGAUUCAUUUUGAGAAAAUCUGUCAGACAAAUUAUUCUGCUGUACUUCCAAUGAUCAGCCAUGGAUGAGGAUGACAGCCAGGAUGAGCUGAUCAACCGCAGUGCAUCCCACAGCAAAGGCAAGAGGGCUGCGUUGUGGGUCAUCUCAGAUGACUCAGAUGAUGUUGAAGAAGAGUCUGAGGAGGGAGAAUCUGACAGUGGUGAGGAAGAGGAGGAAGAUCACUUAAAUGGAGAAGAAGAUGAGGAAGAGGAGGAGGAGGAUGAUGAGGAAGAGGAGGAAGAUGCUAAACCAGAGGAUGGUGCUUUUGGAGGGACCUCUGCUGACCUUGCAGGGAUGAGCUCGGACGAGGACUCAGAGAAGUGUCCUAUCUGCCUUAACUCAUUCAGCAGCCAGCCUGUUGCAACACCAGAGCACUGUCAACACUACUUCUGCCUUGAUUGCAUCCUUGAAUGGGCCAAGAAUGCAAACUCGUGUCCUGUAGACCGCAAGGCCUUCAACAACAUAUACUUAAGGAGAUGUUAUGGAGGCAAAGUGAAGAAAAUGAUCACAGUGCAAAAGCCUGUGAAGGAAGGUCAAGAAGAAACGGUAGAUUUGGACCUGGAGCAGACCAGUUGUGAGGUGUGCGGGGGCAGUGACCGUGAGGACCGCCUCUUGCUCUGCGAUGGUUGUGAUGCUGGGUAUCACAUGGAGUGUCUCACACCACCUCUUGAUUCUGUUCCUGUAGAAGAAUGGUUCUGCCCCGAAUGUGAAGCCAACAAUCGUCACUCAAGGGGUUCAGCAGGGGAAGUUAGCAAUGUAGACAGCCAGCCUUCUCCCGCCCGUCCCGCCACCAGCCGCCAUCAGCCGCGUGCCACAGGUCCUACCAGAGCUAUCGCCCGAACUCAGCAGAGUGAGAGAGUUCGAGCUAAUGUCAACCGACAUCGCAUCACACAGGCACGCGAAUCACAGUUGGCUCCCACAUAUCUGAUCCAGUCCACGUGGCUGGAUGAGACUAUAAAUGCUGUGGUGGCUGGGCUCAAUACGGCUGUGUAUAUACGGGACUUUACGCCUCGCCUCCCGUCUAGGCGCAAGCGCAAGACUGGACGCAGAAAGGUCAAGCGCAAGAAGACAUCUUCUGCUAAGGGUAAAGCCACAAGUACAAGAGUCAAAAGGAGGAAACGGAAAGUGAGGAAGACUAAAUCCAGAAAAAAGCUGAUGGUGAAAAAGGCAGCUAAUCCUCGAAGCCGUAUCGCUAAUAGUCUUGGAAUUGUAAAGGACAAGAAGAGCUCUUCACUACCUACAGUAUACCGGCCCUCUGAGCACACACUAAGCAGUAUGCGUGCUGACAUAGGUGCUGCAUCCCUCUCCAUCUAUGGAGAUCCAUUUGACCUUGAUCCAUUUGUGGAUCGUGAGGAGGAUGAGCAGGAGGCCCAUGUUACAUCACUGUUGGAGGCUAAGAGACGAGGGAUCUCUCGCUCUGCUCUUCGCUCUCACCAGCCCGUAGCUCGACCAGUAACUGCAAGCCUUUCCAGGAGGGGUAUGGAUGUCCCGCAAUCAGGGGGUGUUGUGGAGGCAGCCCCAGUUCCUGACCUGCUUGGCAGUAUCCUAACAGGACAGAGCAUGCUCUUGAUGGACAGCUCCGAUGUUGUCAUUAAUCGGGAUGGCUCCCUUAAAGCUACAAAGCCAUUGAUGCCAUCCGCAUUAAAGCCAGGUAGCAGCAAAAGCAGUAGCUCAGGAGAAGCCAGCACCCAGGUCAACCCAGGGAUGUCGCCCAUCCCAGGAGACAGUUCUCUGUCUCUCCACUACAACGGAGACUUACCAGGAUCCUCUCGUAGCUCCAUGAACAGACCUUUGUCCCAGAGCUCUGCCUGCUUACCCCCAUUUUCACCAUCCACAGCCACCCACAACCAACCACCUCCGCAUUCUGAUUUGCCACCCAGAGGUCACCCAAGUUUCCAGCCACCUCGUCCAAACAGACCCACCCCCUCUCUUGGUCACCGGGGAACCAAUGGAGUUGGAGCCCCAAGGGAACCCACCUCCUCAUCUGUUCCAGACUCCAAGAGCAAAGGAAUGGCUGCAUCACAGUAUCAACCUAAAAAAGCACCUACAAAGCCCAUGUGGAUAGAUGUAUCAGUGCUUCCUCGGAUACCAAAAAUAAAAAGAGGGAGUAGCAGUGUCACAAGUGAUGGCACUAGUCAAGGAAGCAGUAGUGGCAAUAAUAGAAUAAGUAGUAGUAGGGGAAAUAGCAGUACUUCUACCACUAGUAGUAAUGGUUACAGUAUACCUGAAACAGGCAUGAACAGCCUUGCUGGGGACAAAAGUAGGCAGCAAAGUGUAGACCAGCAAAAGGGAAGGGCUGACAGUCAGGCCCAGAGACAUAGGCCUGACGGAGCAUCAUCAUCAUCAUCGGCUUUCUCCAGCUCAUUUUCCUCUUCUUCCUCCUCCACUGGCUCGCCUGCUAGCCAGUCGCGUUAUUCUACUUCUUCUUCUUCAUCUUCAUCAGCAGUGAGCUUCCGCAUAAACUCCAGUGGGAACUCUUGGCAUUCAAGGCGGCUAAGCAUUACAUCAUCCUCUGCUAGUGGAGGCAGCAUGCAAGAACACUGGAGAGAAAAGGAAGAUGAGGCAAAAAAGAGACAGUUGCACAGGGAUAAACAGAUGCUGCUGGCAUCGCGGACGCUGGUUAAUAAGGAACAAGAGAGUAAUAAUAUCUAUGAUCCCUUUAAUCCCACUCUGUCAGACUCAAGCAGCUCAGACGGGGAAGCCGAGAGCUCGAGCCUGGUUAGCAGCUCCCGACAUACCACUCAUGAGCAGAAGGCUCCUAAUUUACGAAAAAAGGAGGAUUCAGUGCAAAGCAAACAUAACCUGGUACAUGUGAAAACUGAACCACAGGAGACUGAGAUCUCACAGGAUGAACCAAGGAGAACUAGUGCUCAGGAAAUCAUAUCACAGGAUAUCAGAUGCUCACAGGAAUAUGUCAAGGUUGAAAAAGAACCAAGAUUAAUAGACACUAAGGCUGAGAAACAAACAGCAUUAUUUCACACUAAAGUUAAGAAAGAACCAGGGUUAGAUGAUGCAAGUGAAACUGAAAGUUGUGGUCACAGUGUAAAAACAUAUUUGAAUUCAGAGAGCACGGACACCACACCAUCUGCUCAUCACAGCCUGGAUCUUUUAAAGACUGAGAAAGAGACUCUAGAAGAUGAGAGUGAAGGAACUUCCAGCAGUGCUCACCCUAACUGUAGGAGUGAUUCAUCAGCAUCCAGCUCUGCUCCCACCAAGAAGAAACAAAAGGCAGAAUCUAAAUCAGAUUUCAUGUCUUGCUCCAAGUCCCCAUCAAGAGAUUUGGGCCAUAAGAUGAAAACCUCCAAAGCCUCAAAGGAACGGCGCUCUAGCAGUUUAGAAACAGACAAAGGCAGGAGAAGAGACCAUCGAGCCUCUGGUCAGGGCAGCAGGCAAAAGGACAAGGAGAAGGACAAAGAAAGGAGCUCCAGGCGGUCAAGGUCCAAAGAGAGGAGAAAGGCACGCUCAACCUCAGAAAGCUCUCAGUCCAGUUCCUCUGAUAGAACUCACAGAAAGAGACAGCGAUCCCGCUCCCGAUCCAAAGACAGGAGACGAUCCAGGUCUGCCUCCAGCUCUAGCAGCAUAGAGCAUUCAAGAAGGAAGAAGCAUAAACAAAGAAGCAAGGAGAGAAAUGAUGGCAGAGAGAGAGACUGGGAGAGAGGACGUACAUCAAAGGACAAGAGACAUGGUCGGUCUCGCUCAAAGUCUCGGUCAAAGUCACGCUCCAGGUCUAGAUCCACAUCUAGAUCGAAGGUCACUAAACGUGGUCGGUCUGGUUCAAAAUCGCGGUCAAAAUCACGGUCCAGGUCCAGAUCCAGGGAAAGGAGGAAAGAGCACACACGACCACAACAACAACCUCUCUUCUCCAGGAACAAGGUGGGGUCACAGUCAAAAGACAAAAAGAGACACAGGUCUAGAUCGCGCUCAAAAGAGAGGAGGAAAGAAGAGGGCUCGUCAUCCACGGGUUCACAGAAAACACCAGGGUCCUUUGUUCCAUCCUCUAAAGACACAAAGCUGUUACAGGACAAGAACAAAGAGAAAGAUAUUGUUCAAAGCUUAAUCAAAGAGAAAAAAACUGCUGAAGAGAAUAAACAGGAGUUGCCCUCCUGUACCUCCAUCUCUAAAGUUAAAAAGGAAGGCAAAGACCUCAGGGCAGACAGCAAGGCCACAACAGCAGAAAUGACAAAAGAGGUGAAGGCUGUAAAAGAAAUUAAGAAAGAAAAACAACCAUCUCUUGAUAUGUUUGAAGAUUCUCCUAUUAUUAAAUCAAUUAAGAAAGAAGAAAUGGACACCCCUUCUGUGACAGAGACCAAAGGCUUAGAUGAGGCAAUUAAAGAAGAUAUCACCAAGACUGAGAUUUGUAAAGUCAAAACAGAGACUUGUGAAAUCACCACAAUUAAAUCAGAGCCAAGUUCCUCAGAUUUGUGCCACCUACCCCCUUUCACCUCAUUUUCUACAUUAACCACACCUGUUACUGCGGACAGUCACCCGGAUGCCGUCUCUCAGUCUCACCCAGGGUCAAUGGCCUCCGCAGAGCAGCCAAACACUGCAGGGUUGAUUGUCCCUGUAAAGCAGGAAAUUCAGCAACCCUCAGACUCUGAUGAUGACUUCAAUGUUGAUGUGAUGCUUGACAACCUUGACUAUGUUAAGUCUGAACGCACAGAGGAAAGUGGUGCAUUUGUCAAACCAGAGAAGGAGGUAGAGGAGGUGAAGAAUGACGGAGAGCAGGUAUUGGCCGUAGUUGGAGCCAAAUCCAAGACUCAAGUGAAGAGGGUUACCUGGAAUAUACAAGAACCUGAGGGGCCUCAACCAGAGAAAUCUGCAAGCAAGCUGGCUCUCUAUAAGCUGAAGCUGAAGCAGGAAGGAGCUCGCAGACCCUUAUCAACAGCCCAGACAUCAAGUCAGGACAUCUCUGGAGCUGUCAGUGACUCUUCCAGGAAAGGUGCAGUCGGUCCACUCAGUGCUUCCUCUAGAUCUGAUGGCCUGCAUCGGGAGGGGUUAUCAGUGACUGGACAAGGAGAGGCAGAUGAAGGGGAUUUGUCAAAGAAAGAUAAGUAUUUGAAAAAGCUGCACAUGCAGGAGAGAGCUAUAGAGGAGGUGAAGCUAGCUAUCAAGCCUUUCUACCAGAGGAGAGACAUCAACAAGGAUGAAUACAAAGAGAUUCUACGCAAGGCCGUCCAGAAGGUGUGCCACAGCAAGAGCGGCGAGAUCAACCCAGUGAAGGUGGGCAAUCUGGUUAAGGCAUAUGUGGACAAAUACAAACAUGCUAGGAAACACAAGAAAGGAGAGGAGUUAGGGAAAGCACCAGAAGUACAGACUGAGGCCAUGAAAACCUCUGACAGCCCGUGAGAAGGCAUGAAUUACAGGCAAGAACAGCCACCCCCACCCACCCCCCCAAAACACUCAUCUGUAUGUUUAACUAUGUUUUACUCUCUGUCCUACCAGUGGGAGUGAUCUCAAACUCUCGGACAUAGCCAAUCUUAAUGGCUGGCUAAGAUUUGCUCACAGCUUCAAGAUGGAACAUUUUCUAUAAUGUCAAGCUUUCUAUCUUACAGAAGUUUUGAAUUUUUUUUUUUUUCUUUGAUCACUUGAAAAGCACCUAUUGGUGUCUUGUGUUUGGACUGUCACUGCCAAGAACUGGUCUUUUUGUGUAAUACAGCUCAGAAACUUAAUGGGAGACUUCAAGGUUGUGCCUUAAAGAGGCAAAUCUCAGAGACCCUCCCAUGGAGUGAUAAAUCAGGUAGCUUUCUCCACAGGCAUAUUACUGGGAGGAUGCAGCAUGGGCUUUGAGUUUUCUAUGGCUUUUUUGUUUUGUGGGACAGCAGGGGUUAUUUAUCAGUGGCAAAACUCAUUUUGUUGGUUAAGAAGUGGCAUAAAAGUAUGCAGAGUCUGCAUAUUUAAGAUGUUAGUCACAUAAAGAAAAGACACUGUUAUGCAAUGUUUUGUAGAAAAUUUAUCAUUAGAGUAUUUGGUUGUAAAUAAUAUAGAUUUGAUAUAUCUACUUAUAUGUUCCUUUCAUCUGUGUUGCCUGUUAUGAAUGACUGACAUAAAUGGUUCUAGUUUAUAGAGUUGAUUGUUUUUUGUUUUGUAUUUAAAAGCCUCUGUUAUCUGUCUUCCGCAUCUCUAAUAUCCAUGUUUAAAGAGCUAAAUCUAGUUCAGCGUACUACAGGUGAAUUCUGGCUCAGUAGGUUGAAAUGAACAGUGGAGUCUCUCCUCAAAUAAUAAUCUCUUCUCUUCACUUGAUUUCUGGUGUUCUGAAAGAUUCUCUGAAUCUCAUCAUUAUCUUUUUUUUUUUCAACCCAUGAAUGAAAUGUAGAAAACCAGGUUUUACAGAACCAGGGAAUAUUUUGUUUUUUUGCCAUACUAGUAAAAAUAAUAAUAAUGAAAAAAAUGCACCAUUUAACUGAGUGAGAGAGAUUUCAUUUGUUUUUGGGCAUUCAGUUUUUAAACACUGGAAAAUACAACACCAUAGUAGGUAAUCGAUUUUACUUUGCAGUGAAAAGGAUUAUGAUACAGACUUCAUGUCUCAGUGGCCGAGUUGCAACCCCCUUUAUCUUGCAAAAAAUGCCAAUGUCUAGAUUUUGUCACCGUCCAACCUGGUGCUCUCAUAUCCACAAACAUUUUAACUACAAACACAUUUUUCUUUUGUAUUUAAUGUUGAUUAAUAAAAAUGAAGCUAAUUUUAUUGGCAUAAUUUCAUUGUUUUGUGAGAUCAAUUUAUAAUUUAUAUAUUCUGUGUAUGAGAAAAACAACGGACCAUCUUCUAAACCAUCACAUUUUCCAAUGUAGGUAUGAUAAGACUAAAUACAUGCCUUUAGUUGGCAACAGUGAAAUAAUCCUUUCAGUGUUAACCUUUAAGUGUCUAUAGGUUUUGAUUACAGCCUCAUUAUGACUGCUUUGUCAGCGUGUCUUUAGCCUUUACUACUCUGCAUUUCUUUCCUCAACACAAAUGUUCAUGAAAAACUAAUUUCUGCUUGUUCACCAUGUUGUUGUCCAUACUAGUUACUUUGCCUACUGUGAAGACUGGUGGGUGGUUGGGCUUUCAUUUGGCUCCAUAAAGCCACAGACUGGACAAAUCUAAGGUGCUCAUGUUUAUCUGAAUGUAUUGUAUGUUUUGGGGGGUUUCUUCUGCAUUUACUUGAUAAAACACGCCAGGUGUUUCUAAGAGGGAACACAGUAAUAAAUCACUGAUGAUAAAUAGGGUUUUGUCUCAGUUAAAUACAAGUUCUUACUCA